GCGAUCGAAGCGUCGUGUAAAAAAAAAUCCCCUCUAUUAUGGAUGAUAUUGGUCGCGAAAGCCUCCCACGUGUUAGACUGAGAACACCGCUUUGCUUUGCGACCGCCACGCGUCCCAGGUAUCGACAUCGCGCGCACUCAGAACCGAGAUUCCGCGCCUCCCGGCAGCGCGUUCACACGGGUUCACUAAGGCAGCGCCGCGUGCGUCACGGGCCCCGUGGGCUCGGGGUGGGUGACGAGACCACGGGAGGAGGAGGAGGAAGAAGUAGACGAGAAAGAAAGGGAGGGUCUUGGAACCGGACCCAACCCAACCCAGCCCGGUCGGGCCCGGCCCAUCCACCCCGGGCUCGACUCGGUAAGUGAGUGAGCGGAGAUGCACGCCACGAACUCGCGUUGCGUUGCGCGCGUGACAGCUCCUCUUUGCGAUUGUGCCACGGACUCUUGAGCUUUUAAUGCCGAGUUGUUAAACGCGGUGGACUCUGCACUGUCGUGUCUCACACCAACCGACGCAACGCAAAACGACACCAACGAACAAGGCGCCCGUCCACCACUGGUGUUGCUCACAGACAAGUCGCCCGUGAUGAGACUGAAUUUGCGUUCAACCCCCGUCGCCUGCGACCUCCUGUAAGCGACACGGGAGCGCCCUCUCGUGGAGGUUCCCUGCAACUGGGGCCAGAACCUCUUCCGUCUCUCUGCAUUGACGAAGUCACAGAGGACAUCUGAUUUAAAGAGAACCCGUUUGUGUUGUCUGCUCCACAAAAAGGAAUGCGCGUUGUGAACGCGAUUCAGCAACUGAAAGUUGAAGAAACAACUAAAAUAUAAAUUGAACGGCAACUGCAAAUCCAUUAUUAACCGGACGGAUGUGUAAAUUUAAAUCAAGCAAAAAAAACAAUUGAACGGAGAUGACUGGCAGAUGAACCGCCUGUGCCACCUCGUUGCAUUUUAACCGCCCGGCGCUCCGCCCGUUGGUGUGAGCGUUGCUACUCCACCGGUCCGCCGUCGCUGGAAGGCCUCUGAACUCAACUGUCAAACAGGAGCGCAUUCCACGAGCCCUCCUCCACAGUCAACACAAAGGCAAAGAUUCUCUCCCGCGCAGCCUGCAACGGGCUGUUAGGGCAAGUGCGUUCUCGUGAGCGCCCCGCGUCGUCAGCUUCCCCCACUCGGGUGUCCACAACACCAUGCCCGCGGUAUAAGCGGAGCCUCCUUUCCUUACGCGCCCACGUAUACACCUAUACGUAUCCAUCGUCCAAUCGGUCAACCCUGGCUUUCCGGACAAUGCCGAUCAGCAAACACUUCUCCCCGGGCUCACCCGACUCGAGGAUGGGCAGGAGGCGACCUCGGCUGGAGAUCACGAGGGAAAUGAUCAGCGCCCCGCUCGGAGAUUUCCGUCACACGAUGCACGUGGGUCGCGGCGGCGACGCGUUCGGGGACACGUCGUUCCUGCGCGAGAGACCCCCCCCCGAGAGUCCCAGGUACCGCCGCGGGGAGUCGCCGCCCCCGGCGGGCAGGGAGAGCCUCCUGGCCCGCACGCUACGCGCCAGCAAGCGCAGCCUCUCGGUGGGACGCUCGGCUCGCCUGUCGUCCACGUCGACUUCGUCUUUCGUCGCCGUUCCGCUCCCCUCGUCACCGUCCUCCUCGGCCUCCACCUCGUACUCCGCCUCUACGCCGAGCUCCCCCGUUGGCGCCUCGCAGCUGCUGUCGCGGAGCGAGAUGGAGGUGCAGUGCAUCUCGCCGCCUGACGGAGAGCGGGCGAGCCGCUCUCCGGGACCCGUCCGGGCCUCUUUGGCCCCUGUGGGCUCAAUCGCCGGGGUCACGGCAGGGUUCAGCCCUUACUCCGGCGGUGGCGGCGGCAGCGGCGGGGACAAAGCGAUCGCUCGUCCGAACGGCGCCAUGGGCGGCCAGGAACUGCUGUUCGACCGCCGCGACCAGGCGCUCGCGCACUCCAUCCCCGCGCUCAAGCACGCCGAGUCCGUCAUGUCGUUCCACGUGGACCUGGGGCCCUCCAUGCUGGGCGACGUCCUGGGAGUGAUGGGCUCGGAAGAAGGAGGCGCGGCGGCUCCGGGCUUCGACGUCGUCGCCGCCGCCGCGGCCCCCGCCGUGACGCCGGGGCGGGGCGGGAGCAGCCGGGGCGGCUCGCGGAGUUCCAGCGCCAGCAGCAGCAGCGGCGGCGGCAGCAGCGCCACGCUGGCCGACGACGCGGCGUCCCAGGGUGACGGCGAGGGUGACGGUGGCGCGUGGGCCGUUGCGGCGAGCGAGAAACGCCCAGCCACGCUCCCUGCCGCGCUCCCCACCAUGCCGUUCGUUGCCUCCCUGCACCACCACCACCACCACCACCCGUUUGGGUCCUACCUGGAGGACGACGAGAUUCUGCCCUUUUGAGCGAAGCCUGUCGGCGCAGAUCUUGCAAUCGCUUGCUCAUGCCACUGCUGGCUGGUGGAAGGACCUCCACUAAGAUGGGACUGUAAUGAAACACAGCUUCCCCCCCCACCCUCCCCCUCCUUGGCUUUAGAAGGUAUUUGGCCUACUCUUUCACGCUGCCCAGAUGUCUUGCAAGAAUUCGAAGUAUCCACACUUUACCCUAACAGCACACAGGGACCUGCCGAUCGUUUAUCCAUGGUGUAUCCAUUUGUACUGCUGGGUGGACAAAUUUAUGGGGCAUGUAAGACACUUGCACCGUUGUGAGCAUGGCUUAAUUUCUCAACUGAAUAUGUAGCCAGUCGCUGAUAGACUGCAGGUGGUGCACCGUUGAUUAUCAUAGCCACAGCCAUAGCGAGGUACGGUGAACUGGAUGUUGUGUGCCGGGUGCAAAGAAAACAUCACUACCUAGUCACCAACCAGGACUGAUAUUUAGCCCUGCCUUCGUGCAAUAUGGACAUAGGGGUACGGUGCCACAUUAAAGGGAGAUUCGACCACCCCCUCCCCCACCAAUAAAAACAAACAGCUCUCACCUUGUAGAUGUACACCUUAGGCUGUCCCACAAGAGUUUAAAGCUUCCUUUAAUUUAAAUGAUGGGCCCAUCAUUAUGGACCUAAAUUCAUUUGAAAAUAAGUGACUUCACUCACGUGCCAUCAUACCGCUGCUGCCCGUAACUUUACGGUCGGUUUUGUCACUCAGGAAGCUUGUUAUGCAGUCUUGGUGUAUGAGCCGCAAGAUCAGAGCUGUUUUAGUCUUUUUAAUGCAUGUUACCUGAGCAGAAGGACAAAGGUGCAGGGUGUUCAGUGCCCUGGUGUUACACGCGCUGCUGUGCGGUGGCGGAGGUCAUGGGCACGAACUAAGGCACCGAAAGGCUCAACGCCAUCAUUACAGGUCUCCCCGCGCAGGAUCCUGGGGUUACGGGCGGGUUCAUGAUUUUUCUAUCAAACCGUCGACUGCUUCUGGAGACCGGGCUGAGACGCCGCUUGUGCCUGUUUGGGGAAGACGCCAGUUGCGGCCGUUUAGUGGCCACGCGGCUCACUUCCCAGAGGCCCGACCCAGCAGAGUAGCCGCUCCGAAUCGGAUUUGUACGUAUGUUGAACUUUUUCUGCACCGUACGUAGUUAACCAUACUAAUUGGAGUUGCGGGAGAAGGACAACAACAAGGACUUCAUGCCCAGCUGGCAGAGGAGGCCAAGGGGGGAGGCCUGUGUCCUCAUGGCUGCAGGAGCAACAGGCUGAUCAUCACCUCCAAGGUUUGGGACUGAGAAGGGAGUUGGCCGUGAGGGACCCGGAGGGCUGGAGCCCCGGAGGGUGAAACCAGUCACGCGCCGUGCGGGUGUUUGCCCCCCAUAUCUGAUCUGAAUCUUGGGGGAUGGAAACACCCCGACUCAAUUCACUGAAACUUCCGAAUAGCAUGUGUGCUAGUGUUGGCAAGCAAUGCAUUUAUUGGCCGGGCCACGCCUUACUGAAGAGACUCGGUGAAGACAAAGACGAUUCGAGGCUGCAUGUGUGUUGUGUCGUUAAAAUAUUGACCGGUUUGGUCAAUGGAACUACAAAUUUAAAUUGUUGCAAUGAAAAUUAUUAUUUGUCAUGAAUAUUAUUAGAAUUUUGUGGCUUCAAAUAUACAGGAUGUAUUAAAUGCAUGUGCGUAGCAGUUAAACUUUUAUUUUCCUGAUGAGAUAAAAAAAUUACAUUCCGUUUUGGUUUAAUUGAAGUCGAGCUACAUGUGAGUUGUUAAUGAAAUACAACAACAGAGCAAAUGCCUUAAUAUUCACACACCAUGCAAUAUAAUUAUCGUCAUUCAGGGUUGCGAUUAGAUUUAGGAAUCGAUUAUUUUUGUGAAAUUGCUGUGAACUUAGCGGCCUUUAGUGACUAUAGGCGGUGAGGUGAACCCAUGCCAUACAUCACCACGUGAAUCGAAAAAUAUAUAGAACAAAAAUAACCAUGAUACUGUUCUGUCCCGCACACAAUGGAUUAAAUGCGGUGUAUAUCGUGACUAUAUAAGUAUAUAAUAAUCGAUUAAUAUAUGGAUCGUCACGCGUCUACUUAACGCCUGAGAGGAUGAACGCCACGGUGAAAGAUGGCAAUUGCUUGGGGAGGCCUUCAUCCAGCAGCAGAUGGAUCAUGGCUGAUAAUGAUGAUGACUGUUUAGACCAUAACGAAAUCAUAUUGCACUACUGUGUAUAUUAACAGGUUUCUUUAUAGGUAUUCUCAAAGGUUGAGAAUGUAUGCUCUUCUCAAACCAUUACUCCUGUCCUUGAUAUGUAAAGAGCCCAAAUUGUGUAUAGCCAUAACAAUUUACAAUGAGCAAGUCGUAAUACAGGUAUUUAUAUUGUUUUUUUGUUAAUUCAUGAAAGUAUUUAGGAAGCUGAGUCUCUAUUCUCAUUAUUAUAUUAUUGAGGAGCGGCGGUGCAGUGGUUAGCACACUGCACUGUGAAUCUGCCCACCCGCGUUCAAUUCCCGUCUGCGACUCACCAACCCGUUACUGGCGAAUUAUGGUCAAGCAACCCCCACGACCGACACAGCAUGGGUAGGCCUCAUCCAGCAGUGGAUUGAGAAGCGCCUGAACAUUACCGUUCUUUGUAAAUGCUGGGUGCCUUGUUGGUGCCAAAAUCAGAAAUGUAUCGAGCAAAAGCAGGACUUAAGCACCACCCUAUACAGCAAGCUUUGACUUAUUCUUAUUAACAACGUGCGUUCUGUAUACGUGUUGAUCAGCAGCGUGUACAUCAGAGGUGGGGAAACAUUUAACUUAUAGUGGGGACGCACGUUAACACACAUGCUCAGUCACUCCAGUCACUACGAGAGGCCCCGACAGUGACUGAAUGUGACCAUGUAUGCUAUGCUGUAAACUGGAUAAUUACAAAGACUCUACGAAGCAAACUAUAAGCAACAAGGACAACAACAAAAGUGCUUGAGAAAGAUGUUCGAGACUGGAUAUAACAUUCUGACUAGGACAAUUAUUGGUACACGGAGCUGGGGAAGAAAGCGAAUUAAGUAGAUAAGCAAUUUAAAUAAUUGUAUGCAAUUGGGAGUAUCUGAUACUGGGAACUAGAUGGAUGGAAGGCCACAAUUGUCAUGUAUUUGAGAAAGGAUAUGUCACACAGAGAUGCUGAAAUUAACCCCCCUCUAGUAUCCAAUUAGUGUGGCUUAGGUUUCUUGCAGUGAUGGAUAACCAUGGUUUGAGGGCUGUAUAGAAGUGGUAAUCCUCGUCCUACAGGGCCGGAUUAAUGCAGGGCGGCUUUAGGAGUUGCAAUGUGGGACCUUAGGAUUUUGAGGCCCUCCAAAUAAUUUGUCCAGUACUGCUUUAAGAUGGUUGAAACGAAAUAUGUUACGGUAAAUUUUCCAGGUAAAUAAGUAAAUUAAAGCCGAAGAAUAACAAUGUGAAUUACGACUGGCUAUGGUCAGAAUUUAAAUAUUUUUUUUACUUUCAUUUAUACCUUUACAACAAUUCGCAAAACUCAGAGACAGAACUGAAAUAACCACGGUGAAUACUAAUUGGGUGUUUGACAUUGCGCAUGUGUGCUGGUAAAACAGUCAUGGGAAGGAAUUGAAUAUACAACGAAGGGCCCUCUCAACAACUGUACAGGCCCUUGGCCCCAAUCAAACUUAAUUAAUAUUCGCCAAGAUGUCCCACUCAGAGAAUGCAUGUAUGUUGAACUUCUUUCGCACCGUACGUAGCCAACCGUGCUCAUUGGGGGUGCGAGGAGAAACAGCACACACCUAACUCUAGUGAAAUUUAACGAUGAAAAAAUAUAUCCAAAUAGUUGCUCAAUCAUAUUUCUCCACGCCUCCGUUCAACGAUCAAUCAUGGCCAAAUGUGACGCAAUGGCAUCAUCCAGACGAGGAAGUGAUUGGAGAGCCCCAAGUUACUCGGCUGCUUGUAUGGGCCGCGGGGCCGUACGAUAGGAAGUCGUGGGUCGCUUCCAGCCCGUGGACUGCAGGUUACCCUGCAGCUGGUUGAGAGGAUGGCAUUGCAGUUCGUCAGAUUUCGCGUGGCCACUUUGUUUUGCAGUACUCAUACUUUCCUUCAUGAAGGGCACACACGUUUACCGUAAAUGAGUUCUCCCCCAUAUAAAUGGCUUUUUCACUAUGAUGAAUGCCAUCUGUUAAAGCAUCGAAUAUAUUUUUAAGCAGAAAUAAUGACAAUGAUUCAGGCAAUUGCUCAAAAUGUUUGUGAUGCCCUCUCUCUAUAUGUGUGUUGACAGGUUAACGGGAGGCAUUAGUCAUAAUUUUUAAACAAUACAGUAUAUUCAUCUGCUAUUGUAGCCUCAUAUACACAAUACAUACGCAAAGAUCCCCCAUAUAACCAUGCAGACUGCUGGGUCAAAUGAUGCUGGCGAGCGUCUAUGAAGGUCUGAACGGCGCCACAAUGGGACGGUUUAGCCAGAACCGUGCUCCGGUCGUCUUUGUUUUCCCGGUGCGGACGUUUCACAUCAUACCAGGUACUCAUUUAAGGCUGAGUCGACCUGGAGGAGCCAAGGUCCAGUCCAGAUACCGCUUGCCACCACUGGCGUUAUAACCGAGGCCGGGAAUUGAACUCCUGAUCGUCUGUUUUUUUUUUGUGCAGUGCGCUAACCACUGCGCCACCGCUCCACCCGUUAAUACAUAUAGAUACUAAAAAAAUACACAUGCAAGUAUACACGCAUUUUUUUAUUGGUAGGAUGCCACACUUUUUUCUUGCAAAAACCACAGCAUGGUUAAUUACUGAAUUAUACGUAUGUACCCUCAAUCUGGGGCUCAAUUACUUCGGCACCGGGCCGAAAAGCUGAUCACAUGGUUUCUAAUCCCGGUCGAUUAUUUAGGUCAACUUUCCAAAUGCCUUCCACUAUAUUAAGGAAACAAAAACUUAUCAAUAAACAGGACUCAGCCGAACAUCCCAUGGCAGGACCCAACCCCUUUAAACUCUCAAGACUCUUUCGGAAUUAUUAUUUGUAUCAUCAUCCCUGAUAUCACUACAGUCACGACAAUAGUGGUUACGACCGAACGCGACGAACCCAGUGAACCUGAGUUCAAUUCCGGGCCAAGGCUAACAUGAGUGGCGAGCAAUACCUGAACUGGUCCUGGGCAACCCACUAUUCCCCCGACGCCCCAACCAAGCACCACCAACCAGCCCACACUAACCAUGGUAUGGUCAAACACCGCCCAUGACCACUUUCAUCCAACAGUGGAUAGAUAAGUGGUUGUAACUUAACUUAAACGUGUACGACAAGCAGGAAUGGGAAACUUGGGUUGCAGGCAGACCUCCAUACGUAGUUUAUGUGUAAAAAUAUGUAUAAUUAAAUUUACAUUUACUAUGUCAAUGUUAAUCAACGUACUAUGUUGUAACCAUAUCAUAUGCGCGUAGGUACUACGCACUGCAUUAUUGUAAACAUAUUCAUUGUUUUUUUUGCUUCCAUUAUGAAUUAGUACUUUUGUAUGAAGAGGUUUAAGAAGCUUGUUUAAACUAAUACCCGGUAUGUGAGACUAUAAAAGCACUGAUGUGUAAAUCGUUGAAUACAAGAAUGUGGAUUUUAUACACGUGGUUAAAUAAAGGGCAAUGUUGCUCAGAGUA